GCAGGAAAAGAUGGCUUCAUCUGAUCUAAGUGGAGAGCUGAGCUGCUCUAUUUGUCUCGGCAUAUACACCAACCCUGUAAUGCUAACCUGUGGCCAUAACUUCUGUGAGGACUGCAUUGCAAACACAUGGGUCAGGCUGAGAAGAUCUGGAAAUUACUCAUGUCCUGAAUGCAGAGCGGAGUUUGAAACUCGUCCUGUGUUGCAGAAAAACCUGAAGCUGUGCAAUAUUGUUGAGCAUUAUCGUUCCUCUCAAAAGAAUACAGAAGUACCUGAGAUCUUCUGUACAUAUUGUGUGUCCUCACUACUGCCUGCAGUUAAAACCUGCUUACGUUGUGAAGCCUCUUUUUGCGAACUCCAUCUGAAGAAUCACAGUAAGUCUACCAACCACACCUUGGUGGAACCCCUUAAUACUCUAGAGGAGAGAAAAUGUCCUAUUCACAAUGAAUUCAUACAAUACUUUUGUGUCCGGGAUUCUUCAUUGCUGUGUACUAGCUGUACUAUGAGCUGGAAGCACAAAGGUCAUGAAACAGAACUGCUGAGUGAGGCAAGUGCAAAAGUAAAAGUACGACUGACAGAGUUUACCAAAAAGCUGUCUUCAAAAACAGACAUGGAGGAAAAAAGCUUCUGGGGUCUAGAAGAAGACAGAAACAACCUCCAGAAGCAAGUAGCUGAUCUGAAAGAAAGAGUCACCAAUAUUUUUGGAGACAUCAGAACUGAACUAAAUGAGCUUGAAAAUAAAGUCCUUGAAGAAAUCACUAGACAGGAAACCCGUAUUUCUGUCUCAUACUCAGAACAGAUUCAGAGGCUCGAUAAGCAAAUACAUGAAAUGUAUAAGAAAAAGCGUCACAUCGAAGAGGUAUGCAAAAUCACAGAUCCACUAAUGUUUCUGAAGCAAAGUGCUAUAAAUACUGAUUUUGAACAGGAGUCUCCAUUUAAUGCUGAAGAUCUGAAUAAAGAGUUAAUAAAUGUGACCUUGAUGAGGGCUUUAUAUAAGUUGUCUCAUAUUAUUCAGGAACAGAAGGCAAAGUAUGAUCUGGGAGACUCUAGUGAUAUGAUCCUUAAUAUCAAUACAGCAAACAAUUACAUUGGUCUGUCCUAUGAUCUGAAAAAAGGCACCGAUACAGACAAAGAAAAAUCCAGAUCCAAUCACCCUGAAAGAUUCACUACUCAGCAAGUUCUGUCCUCCAAAAGGAUCACUUCUGGUAAACAUUACUGGGAAAUUCAAACCAGUGACUAUGGAAAGUGGUCUGUUGGUGUCACUUAUAACAAUGUCAAGAGAAAGGGUGAUUGCUCUCUUAUUGGGUCAAACCCCAAGUCCUGGUGCUUGACCUGGAUGGAUGAAGAACUAACAGCAGAACAUGAUGAUGAAUCGUAUGAUAUAGAUGCAUCUGUACCAAAACCAGAUAUUGGCAUUUACCUGGAUUAUGAUGGUGGGGUGAUAUCCUUUUAUGAGUUGUCUGACUCAUUCCAACACCUAUAUACAUUUUUGACUAAUUUCACAAAACCUCUUUAUGCAGGGUUCUAUUUAGAUGAUAAAGCCUGGAUUAAAAUUGCAAACUAAAAAAUGGAUGUUGCAAAAAAGGAAAGUACUGUUUCCAUGGGAGCAAAUUAUUAUUAAUACGAUCAUUCAUCCAUGGAUGGUUAUUAUUUGUUAGCAGCACAAAUACUAUUUGCAUAGGAUGAUCUGCUGCCAUCAAACAAUGGUUUAAUGGAGCAUAGAAGAUACGAUCAUGCUUAAUUGCUUAUGUACAGCAAUCAGGUGAAUGUUUAUUCCCAAUCUUUGGUUCAUGUAAAGAGACCUUAUGAUAUUCUAAUGUGCUAAACUAUUUUCCUCAUGCUGAUUUUAUCUUAUGUGUCUCCUAUCAUUGCUAUAUAGAUGCUUAACCUAGGAUUUUAACAACAUGGAAUUCUAUUUAGUUGUAUGAAAAUCUGUCAUUUCAGAGUCUGUCAUGCAUGUUCCUUUUCUGUAAGUUAAUAUUUGGCAAUAUAUAAUAUCACUGCUCUUUUUUUUUAUGGAUUUCUACGGCAUUGUAAGGUAUCAGAAAAGGUUGACAGCCGUUCUGAUUAAUGUCUAUAAAACAUGGACUUACCUGUAAGCCAUACGGAUGCCCAUAUAUGUCCAUUCUCAGAUGUAAAACUUACAAGAAUAAUGCAUUCUGCAAGCUUCUAUGCAUGGGGUAACAGUGCGGAAAAAGUAAUGCGUGAAUUGCAAAUUAAAGGGAUUCUGUCACCACAUUUUACCCCCCACAGUAAAACAUAGUUACUUGUAGGUCUUCCUGAGCUGUAUUAAAUGAUUGAAUACAUCUACCUACACCGCCAUUUUUAUGAAUAGGAGAAAUCUAUAUUAUUCGGAUCAAGACAAUUAUUUUAC